AAAAGCGGCGGGCGACGCCGCCGCGGUCGCACGGUGGCGGGCGAGGCGAGGCCAUGUGCAGCGAGGCGAAGGGAUGGCUGCGCGGCCGUAGGGUCCCAUCGAGCGCACGGGAGGCUCUGCGGCUGUCCCGGCCGUGAAGCUGAUCCGCCGAGGAAGCAACCAGCCGUCAGUUCCUGCAACAUUCAUGCCUGCUGAAGUGCGCCACUCGCCGGUGGCGAUAAGUGGAGCUGUGGAGGUAUACGUUCCGGUUCCCCACGUCACCCUCUUCGUCCCCUGACGGCUGACGCCCUCCCGUCACCCUCUUUACUCUGGCACCAGCAGCAGCAAUGGCUCUUGGCUAGGUUAAUUGGUUCUGGUUGUUCAUCCUGGUUGGGAUCUAUUAAUUCGGGCAUUUGUGUUUGUUCCAAUUUAUUAGGAGUAAUGUAAUCUGAUUAUUAUUAUUUUUUGAGGCGGAUGUACUCUGGUGAGAUGAUAAUGCAGUCUCCUAAUCAAUUGUAGCCUGCGUUGGUGUUGGUGGCCAUCAAUCCCAUUGUGUUCUCAUUCUUAGCAGAAGAAAUUACAUCUGUUUCUGAUGAUCUUUCAAUGUAGGUUUUGUGGACUCGAGGUCAUUGACCCUCAUCAACGCAUAUGAAGUUAUGAACCGACCUAUCGACCUGUUGCUAACUCUACUUGAUCAUGAAUUGCAAUGGAUCAAAUUGUUGUUCAAGGCCUGGAUUCAAAACAUGUAGCGAAGAAGAAGAAGAAGAAGAAGCACGAGCAGGGGCAGGGGCAGGAACAUGAGAAACACCCUGCUGGGAGCCUUCCUGAGGGCCCCCUUGUCGAGAUCCUAUCCCGGGUGCCCUACAAGUCACUCUGCCGCUUCAAGUGCGUGUCCAGGCCGUGGCUUGCCCUCUGCUCUGACCCCGACAUCCGCAAGAGGUCACCCCAGACCAUGGCAGGUUUCUUCCUCCGCAACUAUGGCAUCGGCCCCUGUUUCAUUAACAUCUCCGGAAGAGGCCAACCCCUGGUCGACCCUUCUCUCUCUUUCUUGCGCGAGAGCUUUACACUUCUCAUCCCCGAGCAGUGCUGCGGUGGCCUUAUUCUCUGCAAAUACUGGAAAUCAGAUCAUUUUGAGGAAGAUGAGCACAGUCUUGUCGUGUGCAAUCCUGCGACCAAGAAGUGGGCCGAGCUGCCUCCUAAUCCUAUACGACCGCAAGACGAAGUUGACGAAUAUUUGUGUUUUGAUCCAGCCGUCCCCUCCCGUUUCGUGGUAUUCACACACACUUGGGAUUUAGGAGAAGUGACAAUCUACUCAUCAGACACUGGACGAUGGACUACGGUGGAGAGUGGUUGGAUUGGUGAGACUCCUAUCGGUCUUCCUGUCUUCCUGAAUGGUACUGUGCAUUUGAUGACCACUGAUAUUUCAAUAGCCACAGUAGACACAGAGGGGAAGGUUUGGAGGCAAAUUGAUAUUCCAGGCAACAUGCGAGACAGCUCUGAUUAUCCGUCCAUUGGACAGUCUCAAGGACGCUUGUAUGCUUGGGGUAUAGAUGAUAAUAUUAAUAUCUGCCAACUUUCAGUUUGGGCUCUUGAGGAUUAUGGUGGUGCAAAGUGGGCCUUGAAGGAUACUGUUAACAUUUCAGAACUGUUUGGAAGGGAUUGUUACAAAUAUGUGGAGCCCAUAGCAAUUCAUCCAGAUUGUGAUUUGAUUUUCCUUGCUGACCGGAGGGGGAAGGCUAUCUCAUACGAUAUGGAUAGCAAGAAAGUGCAUGUUAUCGGCACUUAUGAGACAUUCCUUGGUGCUGUACCUUAUGUUCCAUGUUUUGCGGAAUGGCCGUCAGAUAUAUAAUUCAGCCAUAUUGAUCUUGGAGGAACUAUAUUGCCGUUAUAUAAUUUAGCCAUGGAAAAUAUGCAACACUUUCCGAUGGUUACCCGCUCAGUUGUAUGAAUGAGUCUAGUCAUUUGAUCUAUCUGCUGCAUCUAGUGCUAACCAUUAUGGUCUCCUGACAGACUUAGGUGUGGGGCAACUGUGAGCGUAUAUUAUCUAGUAUGUUUGAAAUUGGUUGUAUUUCCACCUCUUUAUUUUUCGUUUAAGAUUGGAGAUACUUAUCUCUUGUUGCAAGUACAUUUAUCUUUUAUGGACAACUUGUUAUCCAUCGGUUCUGAAUAUUGAUAUCGCCUUGUUCUUAUGCACAUGUUAAAGACUGA